AUGGCGAGGAUGCCGAUUCCUGCACAAUUUGCGCCCGACUCGUCCAUUGUGCUCGUCGGCGUGCGUGGAUCUGGAAAAUCUACUCUGGCUAUAAUUGCCUCGGCGGCUAUGAAGCGGCGCAUUGUCGAAACGGAACAAGCAUUCUUCGAUGCGACGGGCCUCUCGACGGCCGCUUUCAAGAAGAAGCACGGCAAUCUCGAAUACAGACAACGCCAGUACGCCGUCCUCGAAAGCAUACUCGUUCGACACCAGAAGGAUUGCAUAAUCGUGUCAUCUUGGGUCGAGCGAUCUGUCCAAGAACUCCUCGUGGAGUUUGCGGCUUCACACCCCGUAAUACAUGUUGUGAGAGACGAGGAAGCUAUUGCUGGAUAUCUGGGUGUAACCGAUAUAGAAACAUUUCGGGAACUCCUUGAUUACCUAACACAUGCAUUCCGCGCCUUUGCAAACUUUGAGAUUUUCAACGUUUCCGAAGGCAUUUCCACGUCAGAGGAUCCAAAUCUUACAGAGGCGGCUGCGCUGGGCCAAGACGAUGGACAAAAGUCUCCAGCGCCUUAUUUGACGCUGAAGAGAGCUGAAAGGCAUUUCUUACGCUACUUGGCUCUGAUUAUGCCCAAGGGAUCCAUUCCCUAUAUCGAGUCUGCCUUUCCACUGGCCUCCAUCCCUACUGAGAAGCGACAGUAUACAUAUGCCAUGUCUGUGCCCUUGUCCAAGCUACUUUCAAGCAACCUCAACAUCGAAGACCUGGAAACAGGUGCUGACGCAAUCGAAGUGGUUGUUGACGAGGCCUUCAUCCAAGGAACAAGCACCCAGCUUGGUGCAAGCAGAGCUAGCCAAAUCAGCAGGGUCAUUGGCCACAUUAGAAGAAAUGUUGUGAUACCCAUUAUUUAUCAUAUUAUUUGGCCAUACCCAGGCCCGCUGGACAACACGCAUAAGACAACCUACGUUGAAUACCUCCAGCAUGGCUUACGGUUGGCCCCCGAGUAUAUUGUCCUCGAUCUGCGCCUCGAGGACUACCUCUUCUCCCAGAUUGUCAGGUCCAAGGGGACAUCGAAAGUCAUUGGUUCGGUCGACCUGAAUACGUCUCAACCACCGUCAUGGAAGGACCCGCUGUGGUUGUCGUUCUACCGCAAGGCUCGCGAUUUUGGAUGCGACUUGGUCCGUCUGCUGCGUCCGGCAACACAAAUUGAGGACAACUUUGACGUACAGUAUCUGCGGAAUGCCAUUGAACAGCUGGGCGAGCCGCUGCUUCCGCUCAUUUCAUUUAACACGGGGUCCAAGGGACGCAACUCGCAGUGCUAUAACAAGAUUCUAACCCCCGUGAUACCAGCAUCCUUACUGGGCAUGGACCAUCCGAAACCCGAAACAUCAUUAUUCAUUCCGCCUCCCCUUACGGCUUUUGAAGCCACGAGAGCAUUGCACUCCUCCUUCAUCGUUGACGCAAUGAAGCUCUAUGUGGUUGGUGCAAACGUCGGAUACAGCAUGUCGCCUGCCAUGCACAACGUUGCUCUGAAAGCAUGCGGCAUCCCGCACGUUUAUCGGCCACACUCGACGGAGUCGCUUAGCAACAUCCGCGACCUCAUACAUGAUCCCCUUUUCGCAGGCAUGUCGAUAGGCCUACCUUUUAAAGUCGAGGUCAUUAGUCUCGCGCACUCCCUCAGUAGCCAUGCAAAGGCCAUUGGAGCCGUCAACACUCUAAUACCAGUGAGACAUCUUAAUGCAGAUGGUUCCAUCCCAGACAAUGCUAUCUUCUUCAACUUCAGAAAUCGAGCUGGUCCGGUGCUGGCCCUUUUUGGCGAGAACACCGAUUGGAUUGGCAUUCGUGCUUGCAUCAGGAGAGGGCUCUCUCCAGCCAACGCCGUGCGACCCAGUUCCAGCGGUCUGGUCAUCGGUGCUGGUGGCAUGGCGAGAGCGGCUGUUUACGCUAUGCUGCAACUUGGCGUCAAGAACAUCGCCAUCUAUAACAGGACGCCCGCGAAUGCCGAAAGGCUCGUUGCACAUUUCACACGGCUUCUUUCCCGACACGAUCUGCCCCUUCUCAGCCCAGCUUCUGAUACGGAGACCCAAUUCCACGUCAUAUCCUCACGGGAUGAUGCCUGGCCUGAAAAGUUCCGUAUGCCCACCAUCAUAAUCUCAUGCAUACCUACACAUGAUAUCGGUGAUGCUCCGGCGCCGAAAUUCACGCUGCCGCCCGCAUGGAUGGACAGCCCCACGGGCGGUGUGGUUCUCGAGCUCGCCUACAGGUACCUCAAUACACCGCUGCUCGAGCAGGUACGCGCAAAGGCACACCUUGGUUGGGUUGCCAUGGAUGGUCUAGACCUUCUGCCAGAACAAGGAUUCGCACAGUUUGAAUUAUUCACUGGCCGGCGAGCACCGCGGAGACUAAUGAGGGAAGAAGUAUUCAGAUCAUACCCGAGCGGGCAGGGAGAUUCGGCUAGGACUCAGCUCCAGCCUCGACUGGAAAACAUCGUAGAACAAGAACCAUAA